UCCAGAUCAGUGGACAUGCAAAACAUACAGUAGCACGCAACAGGAGUCCUACUGCAGUUCCAAAAACCACUGUUUAGUCAAAUCUUAAGAAGCCUCCGUGGCAGAGUCUGGCAUGUAAGAAAGCUGUUUUCUCCUUCGAAGUAAAAAAAAACUAUUUUUUUGUUAUUAUCAAGUCUGAACGCUUCGUUGUUACUUCUCUCUUCUCACUGGUUGAGCUCUUUCUGCCAGUCGAUUUAUAACUCCAAAGUGGGGCUUCAAAAGCGGCCUACUGCCUGUCUUGUUAAACCAGGUUGCUUUAGGUACAGCAGAACCUCAGAGAUACGCUCCCCUUGGGAAUGGAGGUUGUUUGUCUCCAGAUUUGGAUACCGUGGGAGGAAAGAAACAUGGUCUAUUUGUUGAUGGCUAUCUUGUCCCUUUGUGGUGCUGCGGAUGUCAUUAUAGAAUUUAAGGCAUUGUACCAGGAAAAAGAAGGAUCGUGUGUUACGAUCAUAUGCAGCUUUAAGUGGCCUAGCAUGGAAACUGGAAUUUGGUGGAAGAAUCCUAUAUAUGAUCCACAAACAAAGGACUAUAAUAAAACAACAGUGUACCAUGAAGAUGAAUCAAUUGUGGACCCAGAAUUUAAAGGUCGUACUGAAUACCUUGGUGACAGGAAAACCAACUGUAGCUUCAAGAUAAAAAAUCUGCAGCUCAACGACAGUGGAAUAUACAAUUUUAGAUUUAUUGGAAAAAAUGAUUAUAAGUGGAUGAACAAACAAGGAGUGAACCUUUCAGUCACCGAAAACCCCUGUAAAAUUGACAUUGAAACCCCUUCGAUCAUGACUGAAGGGAAAGAGGCCAACUUGACAUGUGCUACUAAAGGGCCUUGUACAAACAAUCCAAAAUGGCAGGACACACAAGAUGGCUGGCAGUUUAAGAGAGUGCAGAGUGAUGAAAUUGGAAAGCCCAGAUCAGAAACACUCACAUUUACUCCUACCUGGUGGAAUCAUACCAAGACGCUGAAGUGCCAGAUCGAAGGAAACAAAGAUGAGUGUGCGGCAAGAUCCGUUUUCUUGGACAUUCAGUAUUCUCCAAAAGAGACAAAGGUCUCUUCAAGUCACGCUGAAGUGAAAGAAGGAGAAAAUGUAACCCUGGUUUGCACUAGUCAAGGAAACCCUCCCGUCAAUACUAGGUGGAUUAAGAAUGGACUUGGACCAAUCCAAAACCUUACAAACAAAUUAAAGUUUGAUGCAAUAGACAUUGAGGACAGUGGGGCGUACUACUGUCAAGCAUCAAACGUGCUCGGAAAAGAGAAUUCGUCCGUCAUUAACAUAGACGUGAAAUAUAAACCGAAAGGAACCCGCAUUCUUGUUGCUAAGGAGGAGUUAAAUGAAGGUGACAGCCUCACCAUAGAGUGCCUGUUCAGCAGUUGUAACCCAAACAUUACCAGCUACACCUGGUAUGGGAAUGGGAAGCUAGUCAAUCCUGAAAGUGGAUCAACAUUAGAGAUCAGUGAUGUCACUUACCAGAGUGAUAAAUACAAGUAUGAGUGUGAAGUUAAGAACGAGGUUGGAUCUAGUAGAUCAAAUCCAAUAAUUUUGAAGGUUGCAUAUCCUCCAAAAGAGACUACCGCCAUUUCAAAACCUGCGGAUGAUAUAAAAGAAGGAGCAGCGGUAACCCUUGUCUGUUCCUGUAAAGGAAACCCACCAGUUAAUUUUUACACCUGGUUUAAGGUUGGACAGGGAAUAAUCAAUAACUUGGAAACAUUUGAGUUUAACAGCAUAAGUAUUACGGACAGUGGGGAUUACUUUUGUGAAGCAAAAAACCAACUUGGUGCACAAAACUCAUCCAUAAUUAACAUAGAUGUUAAAUACGCCCCGAAGAAUGUUCGUAUUGAAAACAGCCCCCAAGCGGGGAAGAUACUAGAAGGAGAUGAACUGUCUUUAACCUGCAACACAAGUGGUGGCAACCCAACACAAAUCUCCUUCGCGUGGUACAGAAACGAGCACCAAACUCACGCUAGACAGACUCUGAAGUUUGACAAGAUAACUCGUGAUCAGGCAGGAAGUUACUACUGUGAGGCUACCAACAGUGCAGGAUCCACCAAGUCAAGCCAUGAAAACAUAGAUGUUUGGUAUGGGCCAACAGGAACUCAAAUUGAGACGAACCCGUUGGAAAAGACGAUCAAAGUGGGACAGGCAAUGGCUUUGACAUGCUCUUCAAGAUGUAACCCUCUGCCAAGCUACUCCUGGUACAAACACAACUCCAAGUCCAUUGACAGGCUGGAAGCAACAGAAAAAGUUCUGCAGUUUCACAAAAUAACUGUAAGCGAAGCUGGAGAGUACCACUGCACCGCUUACAAUAAUAUUGGUGCGGCUAAUUCUUCCAGCGUCACCCUGAACGUCCUUUAUGCUCCAAUUAACCUCAACUUAAGCAUGGAAAGCGACUUAAAGGAAGGGGACCUGGCUGUCAUACAGUGCACAGUUCAAAGCAACCCAGCAUCAUACCUCAGCUUGAUCCGCAGAGAUACAAAGACUGAUUGGAAAGCACAGAGGGAACCGCUGAGAGAGGAACUCCCCAACUCAAUCAAACUGACCUUCCCAAGCCUGCGCAGUGAGGAUGCAGGGAUCUAUGCAUGCAGUGCCAGGAACUCAGAGGGGGAAAUAACAGGAGACGGGGAACUGACUGUAAAAUAUGCUCCAAAAGACAUACAAGUCCAGACUCCUGGGGACAUUACGGAAGAAAACACUGUAAUACUGAACUGUGAAAACCAUGCCCACCCACCAGUCAGCCAGUACACCUGGUUUAAAGUGACAGAAGGUGCAGUACACAAUGUGGGACAGGAGAGGGCGCUGCAGUUCAUGUCCAUUUCCUAUAAGGACCGGGGAGAUUACUUCUGCAACGCAAGGAAUGCGAUAGGGGAAGGAAACUCGUCUGUAAUCAGGCUAACAUUAAAAUUUCCUCCUAAAAACACCACAGUUUUGCACAAUAUCAGUGCCGCCGGCGUAACAGAAGGAGACACGGUCAUCCUGGUGUGUAGUUGCCUUAGCAACCCCCCUGCUGAAAGCUUCAACUGGUACAGAGAUGCAGGAAACAACAGGGAGACCCCCGUUUCCUCCUCACAGAACCUCACCAUCAGUGACGUCACCAAAGCCAACGAAGGUCUUUACUACUGUGUGGCAAAAAACACCCUCUCCAGUCAAACGUCUGAGAAAAUCACAAUACUGGUUUCUUAUGGCCUGGUUAUGAAGGCAGCCACCUCAGCCGCGGUUCUUGUUGUUGUGCUAUUAAUCUGUCUGGUGAUCGUGUUCAUCUGCAGAUGGAAGCAAAGAAAAAACACUCCAGGGAGCCAGGAUGGAGAAGAUACCUGUUUUAAACUGAUAAACCACAUGGGCACCAGGAAUGACACCCGUGAAAAUCUUGUGAUGGACUGGGUGAGCGACCCUCAGAGGAGCAGAGAAGACCUGUCGGACGGCAUCCACAAUCCAGAGUCCCUCGAUUACAUCUCUUCACGUCAAGGAAGAUCUCGCAGUCAGCCACCACCAAGUGAAGCCGAGGUCGUGUACAGCACUGUAGCAAAUCCAGCCCCUGCACAAAAGGGCAGAGGUACUGAAAACCCACACUGGGCCACAAGAAAUAACUGUCAAGACCAAGAAACUCUUAAUUACGCAUCCCUGCAAUUCCAAGGGACUUCAGAGCAGCAGAAAGGGUCAGCAGGUAAAGAAAGAGUCAGAGGAAAGGAGGCCAUAUCUGAUAUCUACAGCACAGUAUGCAAGCCACGCAAACCCACAGAGCAAGAGAAAGGGGAUUAUGAGAAUUACAAGGUCCCUCCUGGUGCCCGGAAGCAGAAGGAUGAUGAAGAUGAUUGCGAGGAACUGAAUUACUCCACCAUUGUGAUUCCCGCGAGAGUGAAUAAGUGGGAGUCUGAAUCCGAUGAGGAAGAUGAGGAGGAGGAGCGCACUCAGUACACACACUUAAAACUGUGACGAGAAAUCCGUUAUGAGCAGGGCUGAGCAAAAAAAUUCCAGUAUUAGUUGGAUCGAAUGGGAUAGUUACUUUUAUAUCCCUGUCACUGCCUGCAUAAUUGUACCAUGUUACAUUUUCUAGCUGUCUAUCUGGCAUGUAAGUUUUGGCAGGGCAAUUUCUCAAACCCUGUGGAGUUUACACAAACUGUUUUAAAAAUGGCUAAAAAUAUAAUUACAAACAAAAACGGGAUAUCAAACUCACCACAGCCUAUGGUUGAAUUAGUAACCGUUGGAAACAUGCAGCUUGUGCUAUUUCAUUUGGGUUUUCUUGUUCUGAAUAUUAUUAUUUUAUUUUUUUAUGCAAAUGAAUUUAAAAGGCAGAGACAUGGCACUGUUAUUUUUAUAGUGGCUUUAAAGAGAAAAAAUACAAACCAUUAAGUAGGCAAUUUUAGCUGUUUUAUUUGUUAACAUACUUUGUAUAUUUCUGUAUGUCUGUAUUUUCUAGACAUAUUGUAAUCGCAGAAAGGUCAAAUAUGGUCAACUACUAACUAAAACUGAAAACUGUGUUUGCAAUAACAAUUAUUUUUUUAUAUAUAAUAAAGAUUUUGAUAACUAAUAGAACAUGUUUUUGUCAUUAUUAUUAUUAUUAUUAUUAUUAUUAUUAUUAUUAUUAUUAAUAAAUGAAAGGUGAAUGCAGGGCUGAAACUGCCAUAACAGUGUAUUUAUUUAUCAAACAGAAAAAUUAAACAAACAGCAAAAUA